GCGCGGAGAUGAUCUCUGCGUUUGAGAGAGUGAUGAAGCCGUCCUGGCUCGGCGUGGAUGUCUCCCGGGUUUUGCACUUGGCCACCGUCUUCUGCCUGACAUGUGUGCUCCUGAAAGCCAUCCAGCUCUACCGCAGGAGACAGGAGCUGCUCAAAACCUUUGUCAAGUUCCCAGGCCACCCGACCCACUGGCUCUUUGGACAUGUUCAUGAGUUUCUGAAAGAGGAAGAGAUUCUGGACAAGUCAGAGAUCUGGGCACAAAAGUACUUAUACGCUCACCCAAACUGGUUUGGGAGUUUCAUGGCGGUGCUGGUUGUCACCGAUCCCGACUAUGCCAAGACUAUGUUUGCCAGAGGAGAUCCCAAGGAUAAUGUCAGUUAUAAACACCUUGUUCCAUGGAUUGGGAAUGGAUUACUGGUCUUACAUGGGCCAAAAUGGCACCAGCAUCGAAAACUUCUGACUCCCGGGUUUCAUUACGACGUCUUGAAACCUUAUGUGGCCCUGAUGGCAGAGUCUACUAACGUGAUGCUGGAUAAGUGGGAACAGCUGAUCACAGACGGGAGACCCGUGGAGCUCUUUGAGCAUGUCAGCUUGAUGACUCUCGAUAGCAUCAUGAAAUGUGCCUUCAGUUGUCACAGCAACUGCCAGACUAACAGGCAAAACAGCUACAUUCAGGCUGUCUAUGACCUCUGUUUCAUGGUGCACCAGCGACUCCGCAUCUUCCCCUAUCACAAUGAUGUCAUUUACUGGCUCAGCCCCCACGGUUACUGGUUCAGGAAGGCCUGCCAGCUCGCUCACCAGCACACAGACAAGGUGAUCCAAGAGCGAAAGGAAUCUCUUAAGGAUGAGCAGGAAUUUGAAAAGAUUCAGAAGAAAAGACAUUUGGACUUCCUGGACAUUCUGCUCUGUGCUAAAGAUGAGAACGGAGCUGGACUGUCUGAUGACGACCUGCGUGCCGAGGUGGACACAUUCAUGUUUGAGGGUCAUGACACCACAGCCAGCGGGAUCUCCUGGCUCUUGUACUGCCUGGCAUCACACCCGGAGCACCAAGCACGGUGUAGAGAGGAGAUCCAGGGGAUUCUGGGAGAUCGGGAGACACUUCGGUGGGAGGACCUGGGGAAGAUGACUUACACCACCAUGUGCAUCAAGGAGAGCCUUCGCCUUUACCCUCCGGUACCCGGUGUGUCCCGGCAGCUCAGCAAACCCAUCACCUUCCACGAUGGACGCACAUUACCAGAAGGCACAACUGUUGCAAUAAGCAUUUAUCUGAUUCACAGAAACCCCAGUGUAUGGAAAGAUCCAUUGGUGUUUGAUCCUUUACGGUUUUCUCCCGAGAAUGUGUCUGGCAGACAUUCUCACGCCUUUUUGCCUUUUGCUGCUGGAUUAAGGAACUGCAUUGGGCAGCAGUUUGCCAUGAAUGAGAUGAAGGUGGCUCUUGCCCUGACCCUGCUCCGCUUUGAACUCUCACCUGAUCCCUCCAAUCCUCCCUGUAAAAUACCUCAGAUCAUCCUUCGCUCCAAGAACGGGAUUCACCUGUAUUUAAAGAAAAUCCGCUGAUGCUGGAAAAGGUGCUGACUUCAGUAAGAGGAGGGACCUGCAGAUGACGAGACAAUAUUUCAUCAGGGCAAAAGGCAGGAUUCAGGGAUCAGGAUUCCUGAUUUCUGUGCUUCUUCCACCAGCUGAAGAGCCCUUUUUGGCCUGGCAGCGUAUCACACCCUCUUAGUUUGAUCGAUGGGCCUGGGAUUAACUGCAGGUUCUGCCAGUCUUUUCCUCACCAAAUUCUGUCUUCACUCUUGUGUCUCCUCUGUUCUUCCCAAUUACCCUUUCCCAGCCAUCCUCUGAUCUUUGUGCUUCCCUCAGUGCCUAGACUUGAAUCUUCUUCUACUUGCAUUGCACUUCUGUGGGGCCUUACAAGAACAGUUCGUGUCAGACCUGUCUCUUGUAUCCGGUGCAUCUCUGUUUUGUUAAAAGCACUGAUUAUAGUUUGGACUCUUAACUCGUGCUCAGAUUACAAAAUAUUGUGUCAUUUUUUUGUCAUUUUUUUUUAAUAAAUUAAUAAUUACUCCUGUAA